AGUUCUGUGGGAAAUGGCCCAUCACCGACUCUGGUAGUAUAAGCUUUUACAACACCGAUAAUCUCUCCGAUUGUGCUAGGAGGUAGACCAAGACCGGUCAAUACCCCGCCGAUGCUACAGUUCGAGCUUGUUACAUAUGGGGGAGUAGCCGAGGAGAGAUGCGGUCAGAGAGAUAAUACACUGGUAUAAGAGCAUGCACAACAAUGGGACAGGUACACGCGGCGUUAACCGAAGCGCGACCCCUCCCCCCUUUAUUCCCCCUCCCUCGUUGUGCGAGCAAUGCGAUAGCCAUCGCGCGUGCAACUAUGCGUUUAAUUUGGAUUUGCCGCAAAGAGAGAAAGAGAGAAGAAGAUGCGUGUCGCGAAAACGAGGGGUACGCGCCCCACGAGAUAGAGACCCGGGCGCGCGUACUUUUUUUGUACGUGUGCGUACACACGCAUAAAACAUAUGUGUCCGUAUACGCGCAAUAUAUAUAUAUAUAUAGCGAGGAGUUCGUCCUUCGGAAAGUUUAGUGAAACAUUCGGGAUGACGAGCGAAGCACGGAUGAGGAACACGGAUUUCAGCAUAUCCCGUAUAUUAUCAGACGAUCGCGGUUGCUCGCCGAAGACGCGAGCGGAUCGCGAGCGGCGGAGCGUCGAGCGGGACGAGAGUCCCGCGCGAAAGCCGCGCGUCCGCUUCCCGGACCUCUCGAGAGCGCACGAGGAACGGGAAGUGUCGCGACGCGAGGAAGAGACGCGACGCGAGGAAUGCGCCGAUCGUGUCGUCCCAGGAGAGAUAACGGAUGCUUUCGUCGUCGAAGCGACGCAACGGGAGACACGGAGAACGGAUCUCACGUGGCUCCAGUAUACCCGGUACAGACCGCCGAAGUUACCCAGGAGGUCUUACGUCGAGAGGCGAACCAAGCGACGAACGGACGAUCGUCCCCGCAUCCCAUUCUCUUCGUCGCAGCUGCAGGUGUUGGAGGACAGGUACAGGAGGAGCGCCUAUCUGUCCAGAAACGAUGUCGUCGAGAUGUCCGCGAUGUUGAGACUUCCGCAGAGCAAAAUAAAAAUCUGGUUUCAAAAUCGUCGAGCGAGGCAAAGACGCGAAUCGCUGAAUUCUACGAUAGUGGCGCGAUGACAGAACAAUAGAGUAAAGCUCUAUCUGCAACGGUUUCAAGAUUUAAAGUCCAUGGAGGAUUCUUGUCGAGGAUACGUAUAGAAGAUUUGAAUCCGAAUAUUUCAAACAAUUCGACUUUUUAUAUUGCAAAUAUUUAUCAUUGAUUUUUGUACAAAUUUAUAAAUAAAUAUAUAUUUAUUGUAUACAAAAUAAUGUACACAGUGAACGACUACGUAAUAUACACGUAUAUUGUUUAGUGCGAUAAAAAGAGGCUAACAUAUGCUCUAAUAAUGGAAAUAAAAGCCUUCCGCUCUUCAAAAAUAACAAAAUAUAAAGUUAAUAUAUAUAAUCAUGUCAAGAAAAGAUACCUUGUAAACAAGCAUAUACAAUUAUACAAGCCAAAAUAUCACAAAUUUCAAAACGAACAAUUCUAUAAUUCGUUUGAAAUAUAAAUUCCCAUGCUCUGUAACAGAAUAUUUUUGCACGAACAUAUGUAUAAAAUAUAUAAAAAUUAAAUG